GCCCCGAGGAGGCUACAGAGCAGUCCACAGUGCCAGGAACACUGGAGGAAGCAGCGGAGGUCAGUCAGAGGUCGCAAGGAAGCUGACAGUCUCCUCACUGCUUGAGUCUCACGUCAGAAUGGUUUUGACGCUGCUGCUGCUGCUGGUCGGGGCGAUGGCCGCCGUCACCGCAGCCCCGCAGCACGAGCCCCGUGCCUCCCUGGACGACGUGCGCUUCCUGCUGUGGACCAGGAGUAACUCUGGCGACAACGAGUGCUUGGACCUGAUAGAGGGUGACCUGUACAGCUUGGGUCACUUCGACGGCCACGACCCCACAGUGGUACUCAUCCAUGGCUUUUCGAGUCACGGCUACAACGGCUGGGCAGUGGACGGCAAGACGGAGCUGCUGAAGCUGGGCUCGUACAACGUGAUCUCGGUGGAGUGGGGCAAGCUGGCCGUCGCUCCCUGGUACCCGGCAGCCGUCAAUCACGUGCCGCAGGUUGGCGAGCUCACUGCACGCCUGCUGGACUGGCUGCACGAGGUGGCGGGGAUGCAGGGAGCGGGGGUGCAGAUUGUGGGGCACUCCCUCGGGGCUCACGUGGCAGGCGCCGUCGGACAAAACCUUAAAAACUUCCGCCUUCCCUUCAUCACAGGCAUGGACCCAGCCGGCCCGGAGUUUUACAACCUGCCGGAAUCGUCUCGCCUUGAUAAAACAGACGCGGACUUCGUGCAGAUCAUCCACACCAACGGCGGCGGCGUGGAAGAGGGCUGCGUGGGGCUGAAGGAUACACUGGGACACGUUGAUUUCUUUCCCAACGGCGGCGACCACCAACCAGGGUGCACUGUGGGCGGGGACUGGAUGGACCUGCUGACCGGCGGGUGCAGUCACGGCAGGUCGCACCAGUACUGGACGGAGAGCAUCAACGGCCAGCCCACCUUCCUGUCUCGCCCCUGCAGCGACUGGGGCACCUACACGGCUGGCGGCUGCAACGGCUGUGGCCAGGGCUGCCUCGAGAUGGGCUUCCACGUGGACCGCAGGCUGAGUGGCACAUACUACCUCGCCACCAACAGGAACAAGCCCUUCGCCCAGGGGUUAUAAGGCGCGCCGCACUUUUCAGGGAAUAAAGCCUCUGCUCUUCCCGAAGUGGGGGAAUCAGAGCUUGAAUACCUGACGGGAACGCACACCAACUAGCAAUACGAGUCUGUGUAAUAAAGAUUAGAGUGCUCUGUGAAUGGUAGUGAGAGGACGCACUGUGCACCGCCGCCUCUCUGGGCACCUCGUCGAGCACCGCAGAACUGUCACGUAUUUAGUGUUCUGGACUCUGGCGCAAGAAUUUGUAUGAUACUAGACCACUCCUAUUUCUGCUAUCAAGUAUUUUAGGAAUAAGUACAAGCUUUGCGAGGAAUAAAAAGUAAAUUCGUCACACGUAAAAAAGAAAAAAAAAAAAAAGCCAGCUAGGAAUGACAAGGCCAAUCAACAUUGAGCAUCAGAAUGAGUGCUAUCAUAUUCGCGGCACUGCAAGACUCAGCGCCAGACACCGCAAGACCACGUGCAGGAAAUGCCGCCACCAAGGAACUAGUGUGUGACGAUCACUACACCGGUGAGGCGAAUGUUUUUUUUUUUUUAUUAUUUUUUUUGUUUAGUUUAAGUUUGACCGCUUCACUUCGACUCGACACACCGAGGCGACUUGAGGCUAAUAGACUUUUAAAGCAAGACA